AUGGGUGGCGCUGGGAGUAUGGGACGUGGCGGCUUUAUCCGAUCUCCUACCCAAGGCGAGGUCUCGAACUCAUCGACAAUGCGAAGACCAUUGGACGUAUCGUUUAGGCGCAACUCGGGCAUGGCGGCGGGCUUGAACCCUCUUGCUGGCCAUGGAAAUCAUAGAUACGAGUGGAAGCUCCUCGCGCUCAUCAGAGUAUUCCUGAUAGUGCCGCUCGGGCAGUAUCACGAUGACCACCGACGCUGUGAGGCUUUAAAAGACGUUCUUGCGAGCUCUUUUAACUUUGAGACUCUCGCCGAUAUGCCAGACACUCCCAACGCUACUACUCUGCCUACUCAUAACGCGGGAACUCGCAAUCGCGCAGGCAUUGAAGCUCUGUACAAGCUCAGCGACAUCAUCGCCGAUAACGUCAAGAAGAUAGAUACCACCCUGACCGAGAAGGGACUUGACUUCCCUGCCUUGGACUCUCCCUUCAAUCCUGGAUUGGAGCAGGAGAGCUACGGACUACCAGGGGUGCUUGACGGGGCGGCGAUCAUCGCUGCUGCCGCUGCACAACUCCGGGCCACCGUAUACCCCGCUCCAAUGACCCUGGUGAACACGGCCUUGCUGCAUAAUGUAUCUGCUGCACUGUCUAUCGCUGCCGAAACGCAUGUUGCUGAGAGUCUGAGCUCGGCGGGCGCUCAGGGUCUCCACGUUAAGGAGUUAGCGAAGCCUAGCGGGAUUGACCCAGACAAGCUCUCUCGCGUGCUACGCCUACUCGCCACUUACAACUUCUUUCGUGAGGUGGCUCCCGACGUCUUCGCUCAUAAUCGUUUAUCGUCUCUGCUCGAUACUAGGAAGCCUAUUCAGGCUAUUCUGGAGAAGCCCGAGAAGAAGCACGAUGGCACCCUGGGUUUGGCCGCGGCUGUCGGGCAGUUGACCGACGAAGGCAUGAAGUCAACGUCAUACCUGACCGAGACAGUCCUCGACCCUGUGUCGGGUCAUGCUAACGACAUCACUGAUCUUGCUUUCAAUCGCGCCUUCCCCGACGUUAAGGGCACCGUCUGGAACUUCUACGACAUGGAGGAGCAGCAGUACCGCAGAAACAGAUUCGCUAUGACUAUGGAGGGUUCCAAGCACAUGUCGCCGGCUGAAGCCAUAGUGGAGGGCGUAGAUUGGACUGCCCCGGGGCCUGAUGCACUCGUGGUGGAUGUUGGUGGCGGUGUCGGCGCACAAUCCCUGACACUUUCAAACAAGUUCCAGCGCCUCAGGUUCAUUGUGCAGGACCGCGAGCAGCUGAUUACGACCGACACUAAGACCUUCUGGCAAGAUGCUAACCCCGAUGCGCUGAAGGACGGCCGAGUCGUUCUACAAGCUCACGACUUCUUCGGCCCACAGCCGGUCAAGAAUGCUGACUUCUUUUUGAUCCGCAUGAUCUUACAUGACUACCCCGACCAGGACUGUCUGAAGAUCCUGCGCAAUCUCAGAACGGCUGCAAAACCUUCGACCCAGCUCAUCGUGGUUGACAACAUCAUGUCAUAUGCUUGCGAUGAGCCCGCCGCUAACGAAAUCCCGGGGGCUGCAAUCACCCCGCCUCCGGCGCCACUCCUCCCUAAUCUCGGCCAGGCAAAUAGCACCGCGUAUCUGAUGGAUGUUCUGAUGAUGGCCCUCACUGGCGGCACGGAGCGCACACUCACUCAGGUCCGCACUUUACUCGCUGAGGCGGGCUGGAAAGUCACUCGCGUGCAUCACGGUGCACCCUUUGUGCUCAGCCAUCAGAAGGUUAUUGCCGUUCCUGCUUAG